GCUACUUAGGUAUACGGCGCUUUGCGCAAUUGAUAAAUCGUGAGUUUCUAAAAAUGGAUCGUAAACACCUGUCUGGCAAAGGAAAAGGAAAUUUAAAAGGACAGAGAGCUCAAAAACAGAAUGAAAAGUACAAAAAAUUCAUUGGUAAUAGGUCAGAAGGACAGGGCUUUGCUGACAAAAGAAAGAGAAAGAUACAAUAUGAAUACAUGAAAAUGAUGAAAAAGGAGAAACUGAAAGAAAAACUUCAACAAGCGACAGCUGCACGUCAGUCAAAACUUAACACAAGUAGUAAAAAUCAAAAUGUUGGCAAAACAAUACAUCUUGAGGAAAGACGAGGUAUAGGGUAUACUGUUGGACAUCUGUCCAAGCCAGGCCCAGGAAAUAGAGGGUCUGCAGGAAGUCCAUCUAAAGAGCCAGGUACCAGAAAGAAAAAACCUGAUAAAAAUGAUAUAGAGCAGCAGGACUCGAGACCAAAUCCUGAAAAAAAGUUUAAAGGAAACCCCAAAGAAAGGCAUCAAAAUAUGUUUAGGAAAGGUGGUAAGGUAGGAAUGGAAGGAACAACCAGAUUCUCUAAAGCUGCAGGGGAAUAUCAACAGAGAAAAGAGAAGAAAUUAGAGAAACAGCAGGAAUACUUGAAGAGUAGGGAGAGGCGUGAGGAGGCAAUGGGAGAUUAUCAGAAGCGAAAACAAGAGACAUUUAAAAAGAUAUGUAAGAAAACACACAAAGGACAACCAAUAAUGAAAAACCAAAUUGAAUAUUUACUGCAGAAAAUUGAAAGACAAGUAAACAAUAGAUAACAGCAAAAA